AUGGUCCUGCCGAAGAGCAAAACGAGCGUUGGGCUGGGCAAUAGUUUGAUGAACGAUCGAUUUGGCAAGGGCAAAGGUGCAGACAGGAAAAAAGUCUCCCAACAAGGCGUGGUUCGAACAGAUCGUACGACCGGACAAAGCUACGUUACGAACGCGGCAAAGGAGGCGUCGUGGGUGAAAAUGCGCAGCGUGACAGAACAAGGAGCUCUCGAUGAGUUCCUCUCGACGGCGGAAUUGGCUGGCACCGAUUUCACUGCAGAGAAGAUGAAUAAUGUCAAGAUUAUCCAUUCCGACCAGAGAAAUCCAUACCUGUUGAGCGCAGCGGAGGAAAGGGGAGCCAGGAGAAAACAUGCCCAAAACAGAGAAAGAUUAACGGUGCCGAGGAGACCCCCGUGGGAUGAGACCACGACUCCCCAGCAAUUGGAUGAACGAGAAAAGGCCAGUCUGUUAGAUUGGAGACGAGGGCUUGCGGAGCUCCAAGAGAAUGAUGAUCUUCUUAUGACGCCAUUUGAGCGCAAUAUUGAAGUCUGGCGACAACUCUGGCGAGUCAUUGAGAGAUCAGACCUGGUGGUUCAGAUUGUCGAUGCCCGAAAUCCGUUACUCUUCCGCAGCGAAGACUUGGAGAAAUAUGUGAAGGAAGUUGAUCCCCAGAAGCGAAAUUUACUCCUCGUCAACAAGGCCGAUAUGAUGACGGAAGAGCAACGACGCCAAUGGGCCGACUAUUUUCAUGAGCAAGGAAUUAACUUCAAGUUCUUCUCCGCCCAUCUAGCGAAGGAAAUGAACGAGGAUCGAGACACCACUGAACAAUGGGACGAACGGCAGCUCCAACAACAGAUAGAUAGGAAUAUGCCGCAGAAGAUUUUGGUCCAAACCGUUCAAGAUCUCAAUCUCAAGGAAACCGAGGAAGAGGAAUGGUCGGACAAGGACGAUGAGGAAGGCGAGGACGAUGGAUCUGAAGAGUCCGAAGUCGAGGAAACGGAUCCCUCCGCAGAACGUACACGAAUAUUGACAGUGGACGAAUUGGAAGCUUUGUUUUUAGAAAAUAUCCCAGGGGACCGCGCCACCGAUCACAAAACAACAAUCGGUCUAGUUGGAUAUCCGAACGUGGGAAAAUCUUCAACAAUCAAUGCACUCAUUGGCGCCAAAAAAGUGAGUGUUUCAUCAACGCCCGGAAAAACGAAACAUUUCCAAACGAUUCAUCUCUCCGACCGAGUGAUGCUUUGUGAUUGCCCGGGUCUGGUCUUUCCCAACUUUGCCACCACCAAGGCCGAGCUGGUGUGCAACGGUGUCUUGCCGAUCGACCAAUUGAGAGAGUAUACUGGUCCUGCGGGACUUGUGGCCCAGAGGAUACCGCAAGCAUUCCUGGAGAAUGUAUAUGGCAUGAAGAUCAUAACGAGGCCCGUCGAAGAAGGUGGUACCGGAGUCCCGACUGCCUCUGAGAUGCUGAGAGCUUACGCAAAGGCACGUGGAUUUGCGACGACGGGACAUGGCCAACCAGACGAGUCCAGGGCAGCCAGAUACAUAUUAAAGGAUUAUGUCAAUGGCAAACUUCUCUACUGCCAUCCUCCUCCUCGCGAUCCUGAAAUCGACGGUGCCGAAUUCAAUGAAGCACUCUACGAUUUUGCCCAUCUUCCUGCAAAACGACAAGCCUGGCUGAUUGCUCACAACGACGAGUUAGCGCCCGAUGCCGAGACGGAAUCCCAAGUAUCGGUCCCCUCAAGACCCCCAGAGACUGGAGAAAGGUCGAGGCAACUUGACAAACGGUUCUUUGGUCCGGGGUCGGGGAAUGCCGGUCAUCUUAAAAUGCCUUUCAAUCAUCAGUACACGGAGCAGGGACGGCAACCAAAGCAAAUGACGGGACGCAAAGCUAGAGCCAUGGUGGCCCUAGAGAAAGACGUUGAUCCCUCGGCGCUGAGAAUGAACAGCAAAAAGCAUUUCAAGGGCGCUAGGAGGAAAGCUAGAGCUGCGAGGGCCGCCAAUGAUGAUGACUGA